CCAAUUUACAUCUUCCUUCAUCUAAUGAAUGAUACAAAAUACAUCGUUUGGUUAAUUGUUGUCAUGUUUUUAAUAGCAGUGUGUUUAGGUUAACACCCGCCUGCUGCCUGGUGUUGCACUCAUGCACUGAGUAGGAUAGGAUGUAUUGAUUUUCUCAAGGAAUUAGACCAAACAGUAUUUGUUGAAGCAGUCCAGAGUAGUUGUGGUUUAGUUUUAGUUAUAAUGAAGAAAGUAAUCAAUUUUGUUAAAGGAAAAAGAGAGGACAGGAAAGAUAGGACAGUCAGCAGCAAUAUAUGUGUAGAGAUAACAAAUCCUUUAGGUCAAAAAGUGCCCAGUGAAGAUGAACAUAUUGUGGGAUUGCAGUCAGGAUAUGGGUACGAAGUUGAUUUUAGUGGAAAGGAUAAAUCUAUGACAAAAUUACACAAGGCAGCUUGGCAAGGUAAUUUGGAGAAGGUGAAAAUUCAUCUAAAGAAAAUUGACAUAAAUGCUGUUGAUGAAUAUAAUAGGACUCCUCUUCAUUUAGCUGCGGCUCAGGGACAUACAAAUGUGGUUUGCUUCCUACUCAAUAAUAAGGCUAUCUCUGAUAUUAGUGAUAGUGAUGGAAUGACACCAUUUUUAAAGGCUGUAGACUGUGGUGUCAAAGAAUGUGUAGGUCUGAUGGUUGACAGUGGUGUCAACAUUUCUUGUGUUGACAACAAUGGAAACACUGCUCUUCACAUCACUGCCAGACAGGGGUUUUUCAACAUAAUGUCCCUGCUGCUCAAACAUGGUGCUAAUUGUAACAGUGCAAACAACGCAGGUGAGAUGGCACUUCACAUUGCUACGGAGCAAGAGCACAGAGACCUUGUGGAACUAUUGCUACAAGCUGGUGCCCAGGUAAAUGUUGUUGAUGCUGAAAACCGCACACCUCUCAUGCUAGCGGCCCGUGUUGGACAGUCAUCCAUUGUGUCACUGCUGUUGAAGUACGGGGCUUCUCUUGACGCUUGUGACAACAACGGAUGGACUGCAGAAGACUAUUCAAUGAUAGGUGGUCAUGAACAGCUUUCAUUGGAGCUGAAGAUUCCUGGCAGCUCCUCUGGUCCUUCUACUAUUGUGGUUGUGGAAGACAAAGAGGUACACAGCUCUGACCACAAUACCACGGAGACUGUCGAGGAUCCAUCCCAAGUCCCGAUGACUGAACCUGUAGAGAUUCAAGAUGAAGUAGACCCUGAAGACGAUUGUGGGGAAUCUCAAACGGUUAAAUCUCCAACAUAUACUUCGCUGGUUGCGGAGGAGGAACCGCAAGAUUCCCCCCGCUCCUGCAUCACCCCCCCUCCCCUCAACCCCCCUCGCAGUUGGGAGAUCAUACAAGCUGGGAUGAUAGAUGAGACGCAGGUACCGGUAAGACGCCGCAGCUUAAUGGCCCUAGGAACUCUGGAAUCGCAUCGAAAUAGUUUUGUUGAGAAUGGAAAUGGAAAUGGAAAUGGCAAUACGAACAUUAAUGGAAAUAGUAUGGGUGACGACUUGGAAGCGUUUGAUCACUCUUUUAUUCCACCAGCAGUCAACAUCAUGAACAUGGAGGAUGGCAUGGACGACAUCAGAGUUGAGUCGGACGCAGACUGGGACAGUGAUGAUAGUCUGCCACUCGACCGCAGCCUGCCUCCACCUCCAGACUUUCCAGACUCCUCCCUGGAGUCCUUCCUCCCACUGCCCGAGCUGGUUCUCACCCCAGACCCUUCCCUUCCUCCACAAAUCCCGGAGCUCAUCAUCACGCCAGACCGCCGGAGUAGGAUAACACUGGAGCGCACUCCGUCCCUAGAUCUGACCGACAGUGAUAUAAUGAUAUCCCCUGAUGGAACAUUAGGAAGAGAUGGAACAAUGAAGUGUUCAGAUGAAAUAUGGGAAACAGCAAAUAUUCCAAGUCCAGUAGAAAAGUCAAGCACUCAUCUUACUAUCACAAAUGCUGCAGUACAUGACACGGGACAAACUGAUGUUCUUGAUAACACCAAAGAAGAAAAUGCCAACGUUAUGGACAAUUUAACUGUCAUUACGGACUUGAAAUUUGUGAAUAAAUCACAAAAAGAAACUAAAAGGUUUGUGAGAGAAUCUCAGUCACUAGAUAACCUUGAUGAUUGUGGUUCCAAGUACAGUGAGAUAGAAAGUUCCCAGUCUUGUGAUAAGCUCGAUAGUGAACAGUUCAGCGGAGUUUACUCUUUGGAAACUGAAGAGAGCACAAAUGACGUAUUUACCCAGUCGCUAGACAGCCUGGAAGAAGAAUCGCCUGUGGGAACGGUGGUGAAGCGGAAUGUCUUCCAAGAAUCACACUCGUUGGAGUUACUUGAUGAAGCGAAAAAACCAACUCACCAUCACUCCAGAAAUAAGUCGGUGUCAGUGUCUUCCUACAACUGGAGUAAAAGCGUGGAUGUUCUAAGCAAGCCUGCCAAGUCAGACGUGACUUGUUUGGACGCAAGGAGUAUUGAUGAGCAGCUGCAGUGUUAUGAUGAAGCUCUCAGGGAAUUGGCUGAGGAACAGAAAAUAAAGGAAGAGUUGUUGAACAAAGUUCUGGAGGGGAGGCAUUACGCCAAAUCUAACCUGAAUCCUAGUCUAAGCUGUGAUAUGCUGGAACCUAAAAGAGGAGCUAUAUCCAAGACAGGUCUUUCACUGACGCAGAAAGAACAGUCUAGGUCUCAGCGACUAAACAAGAGCUAUGUAAAGAUUAGUAGCUUGUCUAGUGCAACUGGAGAAAACCACCACCAUAUGAAAAAGUCCAACACUGUAGAUGUGUUGAGCCUGAAGUAUUCUACUUUGGAAAAGUCUUUGGAUGGUGGUGUAAACUACGAUGGGGAAAAUUAUCCAAAGAAUAGGUGUCAAACAAAACCGGAUCACCCGAGUUUGGAGGCUGGAUGUGAUUCUAGACCUGAAAAUAAACUUCCACCAAAGUCUCAGAAGUAUUUGGAAAAUAAAAAGUCCUCAAAACCGAGAAGUAAUUCUACCUGUUCUAGGAACAAAAUGUAUUCUCACGAGAACAGACAUAAGUUCUACAAUAGUUUGGAGCUCCCGCCUCGAUGUAAAAGAGGGAAAGGUUCAAGGGGUGAAAGCAAUAAUGGAAUAAUGGAUUGGAAACGAACCCUUACUGUAUCAAGUAUGCCCGAGAGGCCAAAUGAAGGGAAAAACUAUCCUGAUUCAGCUCAAUCAAGCAAAACUCUCUCUGAAAAUACCAAGAAAACUGAUGCAAGUCCCAAACGUCCUAUGCGAGUAAAGAAACUGAGAAAAGAGUUGUCUGAUACUACAUACACUAAGAAAAGUGACAGUCAUGAGUCUAAGAGAAAAGCUGUUGGACGAUCGAUAUCAUUGUACAUGGAGAGGAUGAAAUAUGAAGAACCAACAAAGAAAGUCAACUCUGACGGUAAAGAACGUCUUUUAUGUGAAAAAUCAGAAAGUGAUUCAGAUUGGAGUGAAAGAUCGCUGCAUCACAAACGUAAGAAGUUUGGUGCAAUGAGAGAUGCAAUUGUGGACAGUGAAGAUUCUGAUGAGGAUCCUCCGUUUUGGGUCAGCACAGGAAAAGAAGGAGGUUUCUCUCGUCAAGACACAGUGAUUCACAAUCAACAUGCUUCUGCCAACAGUGGCAUGAAAAAGGAUUCAGACGAAGAAAAAGGCGAGAGAGAAGGUAAUGAAGAUGCGAGUACCAGUUCAGACUCAGGUUCUGCCAGUAUCUCACAGUCGGACGCCACUCCUUCUCAUUCUUAUAUUUUGAAGAGUCAUCAUAGCAUGCUGAAAGACCACCUUAAACAAACGACCGAGGAGAAAACGAAACUAGAAGAGACGGCGGCCAAACUUAAGGAACAAAAUGACAGAAUCCAAUACGACUUGGCUGAUGCAAAUCAAAGUAUUGUAGUGAGGGAUGACAAAAUAGUAAUUCUGCAAGAUGAGCUGUCUCGCCUGAGCUCCAAAUACUCUACAACUCUGGACGAGUUGAACAUGCUGAAGCAACGACUCACAAACGCAGAGAUCGAACUGAAACACUUACGGGAUGUGACAAGGAUAAAUGUUGAAAAAGAGCACAAACCCGACCCGAGUACACAACAGCUGAUCAGACAACUGCAUGAAACCAACAAAGCGAAGAAAAGAAUAGAAUUUGAAAAGGAAACUUUGAUUGCUCAACACAUCAUGGACAUAAAGAAGCUGCAACAGGACACGAUACAUUGGAAGAAUCUGUAUGAAGAAGCCCUUUCCAAGCUAGAACAAAUUGAGGCUUUGUGUGACCCGUGCCUCAUGGAAAACAACCAACAUAUUGACAAAAUCAAAGCUGCAUUCAAAAAAUUCAGAGAUGAGAAAAACAGCGGACGUUUGAAAACAAAAAACACUAGUACUACAAAUCAAAACUGCAUUGAAAGUAAAGAGAAAACUUUAGAACUAGAAGACAGUUUGGACAUCAACAAGGAAACAUACUGUAUAGAAGACACAAUUAUUGAUAAUCAGGUAGCGACUUUACAACUGCAACUUCAACAGGAAAAAUCUAGAAGUUCCGCACUUGAAAACCAAGUCCAAAAAAUGCUAUUAGACCUGCAGAAGAAGCUUGACUUAGAGGCUGAAUUGGAAAAUUUGAAUCGAAGAUUAGAAAAGGAGUUUGUUCCCAGAGUAGAACUGGAACAGUUGAGAGCGAUCAAGAAACGGCCCAUAGCAAGGAUACGGCAGCAAGCUUUGUUGGACAGUGAGACCAAACUCAACGCAAAACUUACAGAAAUAAACCAAAUCCUGCAAACUCCAGUCCAGAAAUCAUUGCUAAAAGAACCAUUGUUCAAAUGUCAGUUGCAGGAACAAUCACAGAAAGAGCGCCAGCGGGAAAUUGUUGAGUCUCAGAUGAAACAAGAGUUUGAGAAUACACGGCAAAAACUGCUUUUAGAACUUAGCAAGGUUCAGGCGGCUCUCAAAGCCAAGGAGUCGGAGGAGAGAGUUUUGCGGGAGCAGUGCGAAGCGAUGACUAGAGAGGCUGAAAAGACGCAGGAGCUGAAACGACGUCAGCUGAUUGAGAAGUCGUACAGUGUCAACCUGGCGGACCCGAGCACGACACGGGAGAAGGAGCUGACAGUGAAGCGGAGUGUGGUGCCGCCACCCCCGCCUCCUCCACCUCUCUCUCCCCCACCACUAGAUCUGGCACUGCUGGACGCCAACUCACUGCGGCAGCAACUAGAGCGGAGCAUCUCCAAACACCGAGACAUCCACACUCGUGGAGUCAACGAUGACAGGUCCCGCUCUCCGCCCGGCAGGUCACAUCAGUAGUGAAAAAGUACUCACCUAAACAAAACUAUAUGAUGUAUUUUAAUAUUCUAAUUUACUAUACCCUGUGUCGA